AUGGCAGUCUCCUUUGCCUUGCCGUGGUCACAGGAUGGAAAUCUUAAAGUGCCCCUCAGCUACCUAAUCUCUCUAAUCCUUCUCCUGUUCCAUUCAGAGGCUGCCUGCGGCCCCACUCAACGAAGACCGUACAAGAUGCAAACCUUCAGAAUCUGGGAUGUUAACCAGAAGGUCUUCUACCUGAGUAAUAACCAACUAGUUGCUGGAUACUUGCAAGCAGCAAAUGCUAAAUUAGAAGAGAAGAUGAAUGUGGAGCUCACUGAGUCUCGUGGUGGUAUGUUCCUGGGCAUCCAUGAAGGGAAACUGUGGCUGGCCUGUGUCAAAUCUGGUGAUAAGAUCACACUCCAGUUGGAGGUAAGGACCUGUUUCAGAUAUUGGACCACCAUAAAAACCCAACAGAAUGGCCCCACCACCAGCUUCGAGUCGGCUGCCUACCCUGGCUGGUUCCUCUGCACAGAGUCUGAAGGGGAUGGGCCCGUCAGUCUUACCAACAAGCCUGGAAAUGCCACCAAGGUCACCCAGUUCUACUUCCAUGUGGAACAAUAG